AACUACCUCCCACACUGAUUUCCUCCUUCCCUUGAUGAUCAUUUCAAUGCCGCCCGACCACGAAAAAUCAAGCUUUCACCUCGAGAGACCGAACAAACCAACCAACAAGAAGGACGUCGAAUUGGGUACUGUCGAAAAUAAUGGUGUUUUGCGGUUGGUCAUGUGGGGUGGAGCCUUCGUUUUUGGAUGUCUACUCAUAGCUUCUACAUUUAAGAAGAGCAAGAAGAUCACCACAUCCCCUAAAAGGAGUCGGGAGGGUGAUUCAGAUCUUGACGUUAUUGCGGACGAUAAAGCUCAAGAAAUGGAAGGAUUGCGACUUCUUCUGUCUUCAUCAACUGAUAUCAUCAGUCAUCUAUGCCACACGUCGUCAAAAAUGUUAACGAAUUCAAUAGAAGACUCCGAAUAUGAAAAUCUACCUAUAACAACGGAAUCCAUCUUAGAAAAGAAAGAUCAAGAGGAAAAUAUUGUGGUUAUUAUUUAUGAAGAAGAAGAGUACACAAAUUCAGAAUUAGAUUCCAUAGAAAAUGCAACCCAGAAAUAUGAUGAAAGCUCAAACGUUGCACAAAGUUUUCCAUCUACAGCAUUAUUUGAUGAAUAUGACAAGAAAAGGACAUCAUCAACAUCAUCUUCCUCGUCUUCGUAUUCAUCUUCAUCAUUGUCAUCUACAUUGUCAGAAGAAACUUCAUCUACUGGAGUUCUUUCACAAGAGAUCGAAGAAGAUGACAAAAAUAUUGAUAUCAUUAUAUAUAUUGAUCAUGAUGAUGAGAAUUACGAAAGCGAACAUGAUCAUAUAUAUAUAGUGUGAUAUGUCGGAGAAUCUUGAUCUAAUUUGUGUUUAUAUUUGGUAAGGAAAAUACUAUUUAGUUUUCAUCUUGUUUAUAUUGGUUUGUUUUAGUUCAUUAUGAUUUCGUUUAUAAUCAGAUAAUCGAUAUAUAUAUCCAAAAGGUAGGAAAAAAUGAUGAAAGAAAUACCAAAAAGUUUAUUUUUUGGUACAAUAAAAGGUAAUUAAAGGUAGUAUUCAUUUUUU